AUGCCUCUGCUGUACGUGCGGGCUGUAGUCCCCUUUGAGGCCGGGGCGAAUGCCACCGAUGUGCUCAUUAACGAGGUCCAUUUCAAUCGAACCGCAUUGAAUUACUAUCACUACACGCUUUUCAGCAAUGGGACUCUUUCCAAUGGUACGGACUGCUAUCUCGCCUUUAAUCAAUUCCAACCACACAUGAACGAGAAUGGGACUUUCGUGAACGGGACCUCCUGCUAUGCACCCAUUCGGGAUAUGGGUCGACAUGCGUCGGCUGGCCUGGCUUUUGCCUUCAUGUUUGUCUUCGCCAUUGUUUUCACAUUGAUCAACAUGCGCAAGCAUAGCCGGCGGUACCUGCCUGCCGAUCGCCGGUGGACACUCCUGGGCCGUCGGGCGAAAUGGAUCUGGAUGCUUUUCAUUGCCGCCUGCGGCACCAUUAGCUGCUUCAUGAGCAUCGACGUGGAUCGGGGGUACAUCGUGAGCGUCCCGUUGAUUCUACAGAGUGUGUUCUACACGCUGUUGACGCCGGGGAUGAUGGCCGCGGUAUGGGAGGCGGUACGGCACUGGGGCUCCUGGCAAGAGCGACAGAUCUACGAUCGGGAUCCGUACGCAUUCCAAGUAUCCAGUAGCCGACAAGGGCAGGAGUUUGUGCUCCCGCUCGUCUUCUACGGAUGCGCUUUGGCCAAUUUUGUCUUGACCGUUCCGCGCUCCUGGACUGCGAUUGAGAUGCAACGCAGUCUCGACCAACAGCUCAAUGAAGCCAAGCCAGUGGCUACAGAUGUACGAUGGCGUGCUGCCGGAUUUGUCGCAAUAGCUGGCGUCUUAGUGAUCUGCUACAGCCUGGAGCAUAGCAUCUACCGCUACCGGGCGCGACCAACCAGUACCACAGGUCAGCUCUUAUUCUACCUGAAUGCGGCUCCAUCGCAAUUCCUUAUAGCUAUUGUGUUGCUUGGCAUAAAGAUCGGCUACGCUAUUGCUUCUGCCUUCGACUGGACGAUAUCCCCUUUGAGAUACGGAGUCGAUUCUGGAUGGUUCUACGGGCUGGGAUACACACCGGUGCUGCUCUUGCUCAUUCUGUUCAACAUCUGUGGAUACUGUGAACUGAAUGAAGAUAAGGCCUUGAUCGUGCAGCGAGACGAGUUCGACCAUGCAGUUGCCGAUGCUGUGGGUGUCGGGCAGAGGAAGCCCAGCUGGUGGAAGAAGAGCCGCACCUUCGUUCGAGAGCUUAGUGACCAUCACCGACGCCGGGGCUCGCAGCAAGACGAUCGUGAUAUGAGUCGGUUUGUGGAAAUGGGGAUCAUCAAGCCACGAGAGCAACCGCAGAAGGACGAACCCAAGCCAGAGACAUGGGUGACGACGCGGACUGCCAGCCAGGGUAGUGAGUCGACUGCGGUGGCGCGUACGGAGAGCAAUCCGGAGAGCAGCCCACCGUAUGUCGAGUAUACAUUGCAGCAAGAAUUGUCUCGUGAUUCUUCUAACGAGACAGAGGUACAUGGGCGCCCGCAGACUGGAAGGGACAUAUUGGGAUAA